AUGCACAUGGCUGCAAAUUUGGAGAAGCCAGCUUUCCAAGCAUAUUGCACUUGGAGAGCGUAUGGCGAGGCACUUCGCGAGUUGGAGACCACACGCUCUACAAAGUUCCGACGCGUGUGUGGAGCUGAGUAUGCGCUGAAGACAUUUCCGCCGAAGCCGGCAAUUAAAGCAUCGCCGGAGCAGGCUGCUUUGGAUCCAAACGAGCUUGGCCCGUCGGCGUCCUUGAUUGUUCAAACGUUCAAUCUUUCAAGCUCCAAAGUUCCAACUGACACUGUCGGGCCGAGGGACUCAUUACGAGUAUUAGAGGCGGCCUUGAGGGCAUUGACCGAAGCUGGUCUGUGCUCGAAGGCGGUCCUACAGCUGGACGAGGUGCUUGUAGAAGUUUGGGGAGAAGGUGGAAGCGAAGAUCUGGUUUUGCCGAUAUUGAUUGAAGGCGAUCCACUGGUGGAUGCGCAGCUCAUUCUGUCUGAGGAGCUCGCACCACCAGUACUGCCCGACCCGAUACUGGCCGUACUCGUAGCAUGGCUAGAAGAGGCCAGUGGACCAGGAUAUGCUUCGUUGCAAAACUACUAUGUCAACUCGCGCUGGCGUGGGAGAACCGAAUACUCCAAUAUGGUGUAUGUUCCAAAGCAGCGGCUUUUUCAACUUACUCUGCACAGGCACCUGCACCCCGCGCCAGAUUUCUGA